AGAGUUGAUGUGCGGUGAAGAAGGACGCCCUGGAAAGAAAGUAAAAAAAGUAAAGCUUCGAAAGCUGGAGCGUCCCCCAGACACUCCCACGGUUGAUCCCACUGUAAAAUAUGAUCGUCAGCCUGAGUAUCUGGACAUAACCGGGGGCACCCUGCACCCAUACCAGCUGGAGGGUCUGAAUUGGCUGCGUUUCUCUUGGGCACAAGGCACAGACACCAUCCUGGCUGAUGAAAUGGGUUUGGGAAAGACCGUACAGACAGCAGUUUUUCUGUAUUCUUUAUACAAAGAAGGCCAUUCAAAGGGACCCUUCCUGGUCAGUGCACCUCUUUCUACCAUUAUAAACUGGGAGAGAGAGUUUGAAAUGUGGGCUCCAGAUAUGUAUGUUGUCACAUACGUUGGAGACAAGGACAGCCGUGCUGUGAUCAGAGAAAACGAAUUCUCUUUUGAAGACAAUGCCAUUCGUGGGGGCAAGAAAGCAUCACGUAUGAAGAAAGAAGCGUCAGUUAAGUUCCAUGUGCUGCUGACUUCCUACGAGUUGAUCACCAUUGAUAUGGCUGUGCUGGGCUCUAUUGACUGGGCCUGUCUGGUUGUAGAUGAAGCUCAUCGUCUGAAGAAUAAUCAGUCCAAAUUUUUCCGAGUUCUGAAUGGAUACACCCUACAGCACAAGCUGCUGCUCACUGGGACCCCCCUGCAGAACAAUCUGGAGGAAUUGUUCCACUUGCUGAACUUCCUGACUCCUGUGCGAUUCAAUAACUUGGAGGGUUUUCUGGAGGAGUUUGCAGACAUUGCAAAGGAAGAUCAAAUAAAGAAACUUCACGACAUGCUCGGUCCCCACAUGCUUCGUAGGCUCAAAGCUGAUGUCUUCAAGAAUAUGCCAUCCAAGACUGAGUUAAUUGUGCGUGUGGAGCUCAGCCCCAUGCAGAAGAAAUAUUACAAGUUUAUUCUCACCAGGAAUUUUGAGGCCCUAAAUACUCGAGGUGGCGGUAAUCAGGUGUCUCUUCUCAAUGUGGUAAUGGAUCUGAAGAAGUGCUGCAACCACCCUUACUUGUUCCCAGUGGCGGCCAUGGAAGCACCGAAGAUGCCUAAUGGGAUGUAUGAUGGCGGCGCCUUGAUCAAGGGUGCCGGGAAGCUGUUUCUGCUGCAGAAGAUGUUGCGCAAGUUAAAGGAUGAUGGGCACAGAGUGCUUAUCUUCUCGCAGAUGACAAAGAUGCUGGACCUAUUGGAAGAUUUUAUGGAGCAUGAAGGUUAUAAGUAUGAGAGAAUAGAUGGAGGUAUAACUGGAAACAUGCGUCAAGAAGCUAUUGAUCGCUUUAAUGCACCUGGUGCCCAGCAGUUCUGUUUCCUCUUGUCCACGCGUGCGGGAGGUUUGGGAAUUAAUCUUGCUACUGCUGAUACGGUGAUCAUAUAUGACUCUGACUGGAAUCCACACAAUGACAUCCAG